GACAGUCUGCUGGUUAAAAUUAGACGGAACAGUUAGCCGGUUGGACGGGACAGAGUGGGGACUCUCAGAAUGUUUGGGGUACUCCUGGCAGGCAUCGUAAGUGCUCUGCUGGGCACAGCCAUUGCCCACCCUCAAUGCCUGGACUUUAAGCCCCCUUUUCGCCCGAUUAAGGAGCUGACUUUUUGUAUCCAGUAUAAGGACUUUGGCUGCUGUGACUCAGUCAGGGAUGGUGAGAUCAUGCAGAAUUUUUAUUGCGUCCUCAGCCACUUUGACCUGUCGGGGUACGAGAGCUGCGCUGCCCAUGUCCAGGACAUCCUUUGCCAGGAAUGUUCACCGUAUGCUGCACAUUUAUAUGAUGCAGAAGAUCCCUCCACUCCUGUAAGAACCAUUGCAGGCCUUUGUGAAGAUUACUGCUGGGAUGUGUGGCAGACCUGUAGGUCUAUUUUCCAGUAUCUGACGACGGAUAAAGAGCUCUUAGCUUUGGAAAGCAACAAAGCAAAGUUCUGCCGGCACUUGGCCCUACAGGACACCGACUAUUGCUUUCCUCGCCUGCUAGCUAAUUCCAACCUUAAUCAGAACCUUGGCUUGGUGACAGCUGACGCAGAGGGCUGCCUGCAGUUGUGUCUUCAAGAAGUAGCAAAUGGAUUGAGAAAUCCUGUUGCAAUGGUGCAUGCAAAUGAUGGCACACACAGAUUCUUUGUGGCAGAACAAGUGGGUUUAGUAUGGACCUAUCUCCCCAACAAAUCUAAGCUAGCAACUCCAUUUCUCAACAUCUCAAAAGCUGUGCUCACCUCACCCUGGGAAGGAGAUGAACGAGGGUUUCUAGGAAUUGUUUUGCACCCACACUUCAAACAUAACGGCAAAGUCUAUGUUUACUAUUCAGUGGAAAUUGGCUUUGACGAAAUUAUACGAAUAAGUGAGUUCAGAGUUUCCGCUCACGAUAUGAACACGGUUGACCACGGAUCAGAACGGAUUAUUCUGGAAGUAGAGGAGCCAGCAUCCAAUCACAACGGAGGAGAGAUUUUAUUUGGCCAUGAUGGAUAUCUCUACAUUUUUAUUGGGGAUGGAGGAAUGGCCGGAGAUCCAUUUGGGAAGUUUGGUAAUGCUCAAAACAAGUCCACAUUAUUAGGCAAAGUCUUGCGUAUUGAUGUGAAUCACAAUGACCACAGCCCUCUGUAUAGAAUCCCACCAGACAACCCAUUUAUCAACGACCCAUCUGCUCGGCCUGAAAUCUAUGCAUACGGGGUGAGGAAUAUAUGGCGCUGCUCUUUUGAUAGGGGAGAUCCCCAGACAAAGGAAGGGAAAGGACGUCUUUUCUGUGGAGACGUAGGACAGAAUAAAUUUGAAGAAGUCGACAUAAUAGAGAGAGGAAAAAAUUAUGGCUGGAGGGCAAGGGAAGGAUUCAGCUGUUACGAUAAGAAACUGUGUGCUAAUUCCUCUUUAGACGAUGUUCUCCCAAUCUUUGCCUACCCACACAAACUGGGCAAAUCAGUCACUGGAGGCUAUGUCUACAGAGGUUGCCAAAACCCAAAUCUGAAUGGGAUGUAUAUAUUUGGAGAUUUUAUGAGCGGGCGUCUGAUGGCUCUUAAGGAGAAGCAGGAAACUGGAGAGUGGCUGUACCAUGAGAUCUGUAUGGGAACUGGGCAGACAUGCAUAUUCCCUGGGCUCAUUAAUAACUAUUAUCAGUACAUUAUCUCCUUUGCAGAGGAUGAAGCAGGAGAAUUAUACUUCAUGUCCACGGGAGUACCCAUUGCCACGUCUCCAUCUGGUGUUGUGUACAAGAUCGUUGAUCCAUCAAGGCGAGCACCCCCUGGCAAAUGCCGCUUCCAUCACUCUCUGGUAAAAGUGAAAAGCAAAAUUAUCGACUUUGUACCAAAAGAGAAGUUAAUAAUAAAAACUAAAAGCUCUAAAGUAAAGUCUGCAGCUAAAUCACCUGGAAGAACCAAAACCAAAACCACAGCCCAGACUCCAGCUAGUUCUACUCCUGAUUGGAUUGAGCAGCUAUUGAAGCGCCUGCAAAGUCCAACGGAGAAAUCGAAGGUAAAGAUCCCAACCACAACUCGACCUGCCACAACUAAAGCUCCAAGGUCAAGAAAAGGUGGAAAAAGUACUCAGAGAAGGGGACAGAAAAAGAAAACAAAAACACCCGGUAAUUCCGGAAAAAAACAGAUCUCUUCUGAGGUACAUAAUGGAGCAGUGCGUUUAGUAAACAGUCAAAAGAAGUCUGACCGUGGGAGGGUAGAAAUCUUUAUUAAUGGAGAAUGGGGCACAGUUUGUGAUGAUCUGUGGAAUACCAAAACAGCAGCGGUGGUAUGUCGCCAGCUGGGAUUUUCUCAUGUUGUAAAAGCCAGCAAACAAGCGGAGUUUGGCAGUGCAAAUAACCUGCGGAUUCUGCUUGAUGAUGUUCAGUGCACUGGAAAGGAGAAGACCUUGCUUGAUUGCAAACACAAAGGGGUUGGAAAACAUAACUGUACACAUCAAGAAGAUGCUGGAGUUAUAUGCAGCCAUAAAGGAAACCCUGAAACCUAAAAACGGAAUGAAUUAAAACCACAAGUCUAAAAAACAAAACGUUUCUCAUAAAUUAUUUUAGGACAAACUUGCAGACAUCAUGUUCUCUCCUUUAUCCCUGAUAGGAAAAAGCCAACAAGCCGAAUACACCCAUUUGUUGUUGAAUUCCUUCUCCUAGUAUUCAACUGUUGAUUAAUGAUGGCUGAAUUUGACCUGUUCUCUUCGCCCAAAAUUUGUGAAACUGAGACAAAUUUGCCAAAUACAUUGAAGUCUAUGGGCGACAAUUUUUUUUGACGAGCGACAACUUUCUUCACCAUUUGGAGUUUAUGGUGUCUUUUUUGCUGAAAAACCUGCUGAAUAAUUUUGCUCACCACUACUGGUGAGUAGUGAUGGGCGAAUAAAUUCACCAGGCAUGAAUUUGCGGCGAAUUUCCAUGUUUCUCGGGCGGCUAAUAAAUUUGCAAAACUGCUGUGAAAAUUCACCAGCGAAAAAUCCACCGCGUCGGAAAAAUUUGGGCAGCAGCAGAAUAGUCGCACAAAUAAACAUUUUGCGCGUCAAAAUUAUUCAGACACUCAUUGACUUUAAUGCAUUUACAAUUGUCGCGGCAGUCGAAAUUGAUGUGCGUCAAAAUAAGUUUGACGCCCAUUUCGUUUUGCACAUUCGUUUUUUCCGUCAAAUUCGCAAAUUUUCCAGCAAAUCAAAACAGGACAAAUUCGCCCACCACUAUUGUUGAGGGGUGGGAGAAGUUAGUUGCUCCUGUUAAACAUUGAUGUUCCAUAUAUUGUUCGGUUGUAAUGGACCAGCUUUGAUACUCUUGUACAAUGACAGCAACCCCACUUACAGGGAGGAAUUCUGUGAGAUUGUAGAGAGUUGUAGUUACAAAAAAUCUGAAGCGUUAAAGCUUUCACUAAUUCUGUAAAUAAUUUAGAUUUCAGAAAGUUUUUAUUUUUAAAUGAAUUAAAACCUACUAUAGACGGGUUGGUAAUAAAUACUAAUGUUCAAACUAAGUUUGAAGAGUUCUUUUAAACAUUUUUUUAUUUGUUAAAAAAUAUCUUUUGACAAUGCUGUUUUAAUAUUAAAAAACAAUUGAUUAAAAUUCGUCCCAUGGAACUUUUUUUUGGAAUUUAUGUUGUAAUAUGUAUGAGAGUAACACAAAACAUGUGCAACCUGUCUUUCCACAUUAUUAAAAAUUCUGCGUUAUUUGUAUAAUUUAUUUUAAACGGGACCUGGACUGGACCUUUAAUAUUGCUGUUGUUGUGUAUCCAGGCUGAUCAUACCCAAAAACAUUGCCUGAGGGAAACAUUCAGUGAAACAUAAAGCUGUGUGUAUUUCUUUUUGAUCAAAUAAAAAUAUUUCACAAAAAAACCCAAACCAUUUUGAAAUAUGAAGGCUUAUUUACAAAUGCAGAAGCAAAGUAAACAUUUUAAAUUAAAGUGUUUUACCCACAAUUCACAAGUCUUUAAAUUCAUAAUUCAAUUUCAAUUUAGGGUGAGGACACUUCCAUUGUGUGCAGGGUGAAUAACAGGGUUACAGUCCAUUGAAUUUGGCACAAUACAGUUGAGUCCAUUGAUGCAACCCUAACUGGAGGUAGUUUAUUGAGAGAAAGAUACAUGGGUACAAGCAGCAUGGAGCAUCUAAGGGUGCAAGUAUUUUGGUGAAUAUCAUGAGAAUAUCAAUGAGCACUAAUUUUUGCAUAUGACACUUUGCAUGUGUUUUUAUACGUAAAUGAGCCAUAUAAAAAUAUACAAAAAAAAAUCAAUAGAAUCAGCUAAAACAUGUACGACUGAUUAUGAUGGUUUGAUUUGUAAAUACUUUGGGUUCAAAACAGUGGAUUUCUUGCUCAGUGUUUCAAAGGUCUCUGCCCACAAUGGCAGUGUUUUGGAAAUCAUACACAGAUUGAACAGUGUGUCCCAGAUUCAAGAGCUAACAUUUAGGACAGAUUUAUCAAGGGUCGAAGUAAAAAUUCAAAGUAAAAAAAAUCAGAUUUUUGAGCUAUA